AUGGCUGGCAGCACCGCAUUCGCACACCGUGAGGAGCUUAACCACCGGCAGAUGUACGCAUUUAUCGGUGCGAUAGUAGGACUCGCGGCGAUCUUCAUCUUCUUCCAUCUAGGACGACGCCUUGCGCAGAAAUCGAAUGUUGGAAAAAAGGGGGUUUCAGCUUUGGCUGCCUUGUCUCGGAAACCACGAAAUGUUCUUCUCCGCACAGCACCUGGUCUGCCUUCGCGAGGGCAUGCCAUCAUCGUCUUCUUUUAUCUCGCCAUCAACAUCAUUGUUACCUUUACCGAUAUUGACAAUUCUGUCAUCACGAUGAACUCCAACUUGGCCGCACGAGCUGCAUGGAUGGCGGUCGCAAACUUGGUUGUCCUCAUCUUCUUGGCUUUAAAGAACACUCCGUUGGCGUUCCUCACAGCUUGGUCGUAUGAGCGCCUCAAUAUCCUUCAUCAAAUCGCUGGUUCCACGUGUAUCAUCUUUGUCAUCAUCCAUGCCAGCUGCUACUCGUCCUACUUUGGGUUUGCGGGAAGAAUCUCGGUCCUCCGGGAAGAGAGCGUGAUCUAUGGCGAGAUUGCUGGCGCCUCCUUCUUCAUCGUCGGCUUUGCGGGAAUGGUCAUCCGUCGGUGGUGGUACGAGCUCUUUUACUAUGUUCACAUCAGCUUCUGGAUCAUUGCCAUCGUCAUGGUCGGCCUCCAUCAACCCAACUUUGGCGAAAAGAUUGUCUACGUGGUGAUUGUCACCGCCGGCAUCUGGGUGCUCGACCGUCUGGUUCGUGUGACUCGCCUUUUGAUAUACAGCACCAACAACUCUGCCGUCCUUACACCUCUGCCAAACGGUGGCACCCGAGUGACCCUUAAGAAGGCUCCCUUGGGCGCUGUAUCAGGGCAGCAUUGCUUCCUUUGGAUUCCCUCGAUUCGAACUUGCGAGACACACCCCUUUACGAUUGCAGCCAUGGAUCCUCUAGAGUUUGUUGUGAAUUCUCACGAUGGCUUCACACAGGACCUGCAUCAAUAUGCCCUGAAGCAUCCGGGGACAACGGUCAAGGCCUCGGUUGAGGGAUCAUAUGGUACCCUGCCUGACACUUCUGAAUAUGACAGAGUUGUCCUGGUCGCCGGUGGAAGUGGUUCAACCUUUACAUUCGGAAUGGCACUCAACAUGCUCAAGAACGUGGCUAGCACGCAGCUGGAGAAGAAGAUUACCUUUAUCUGGAUGGUCAAAUAUGAGAGUCAUCUUAAGUGGUUUGCCUCUCACCUCGACACUCUCGCAAAGGACUCCCGUGUUGAACUCGAGCUUUACGUCACCCGAUCGUCAGAAGAGAAGGAAGAUAGCGAGACACGCCCCGAAUCGAUGCCCGUCACACCAUCCUCCGAAACCGAUCUCGAAAAAGCUGUCGGUAAUGUGACGGCUCAGCCCCUUCAAUCCUCAUCUGAAGAGUCUGUUGCAGAGGAAACCGAUUCAACACAAAACGCCGGCCCCGUUGAAGUGCAGACACACGCCUAUCAGAGCUCCAUCAAGCGCGGCAAACCAGAUGUUGCGGUUUUGAUCGAGAGCAUAGUUGCCGAGACGCCGGUAGAGAAGCGUGUGCUGGUAUUGGGAUGCGGACCUGACGGCCUCAUGGCAACAGUUCGCAACACCACGGCGGCAUGCAUUCGAUCUGACGGGCCGGGCAUAGAGCUGCACUGCGAGCAAUUCGGUUGGUAA